CUUGUCCAGGGUGGCUCCACCCCAAAGGGGAAGGUCGACCGCCGUGAGUUGGACAAGGCAUGAACGGUCUCCACUGAUGCCGGCCAAGAAGGUCAGGGAUUGCGUGGCAGUCGGGGACAAGGACUUGUCCUGCGCCGAGCGCCGACUGUCCCGGGGUGACGUGGUGUUCUCUCACAAGGACAUGCUGGCAACUGUGGGCAAUGUUGGCGCCCAGACAGCCCCAAGUCCAGGCUACCACCAGCAAGCCGCGCCGUCCCGGGCUCCAGAACAGAGGGACAAGUGGGGCAAAAAGAUGGACUUCUUGUUGUCAGUUAUUGGCUUCGCCGUGGAUUUGGGCAAUGUCUGGAGAUUUCCUUACAUUUGUUAUCAAAACGGAGGCGGUGCAUUUCUCAUUCCCUACGCCUUAAUGGCAAUGUUUGGCGGAAUUCCUUUGUUCUACAUGGAGUUGGCCUUGGGACAGUAUCAGAGGACAGGAGUCAUUCCUGUUUGGAAUAGGAUAUGCCCAAUAUUUAAAGGGAUUGGAUAUACAAUCUGUAUCAUUUCUCUCUACGUCUCCUUCUACUACAACACCAUCAUAUCAUGGGCGCUCUACUACUUCUACUGUUCCUUCACGGCCACUUUGCCGUGGACGAAUUGUGACAAUCCUUGGAACACACCCAACUGUAUCAACUAUUUUGGCAAGAAUAAUGUCUCCUGGAAUAACUUCUCCAAGUCUCCAGCUGAAGAGUUUUUCAUACGGAACGUUUUGGAGAUUCAUGAAUCCCAGGGGCUUCAUCACGUGGGUGCGAUCCGUUGGCAGCUUCUGUUGUGUCUCUUUGUCAUUUUUACCAUUGUUUACUUCAGCCUUUGGAAGGGAGUUAAAACAUCUGGAAAGAUAGUCUGGGUGACUGCCACACUGCCCUAUCUGGUGCUUUUUAUCCUUUUGAUACGAGGAGCCACGUUACCAGGAGCCUGGCGAGGUGUUGUAUUUUACCUCAAACCAAAGUGGAAGAAACUGCUGGAUACAAAUGUCUGGGUAGAUGCAGCAACACAGAUUUUCUUCUCCAUGGGACCUGGAUUUGGAGUCAUCAUGGCUUUAGCAAGUUACAACCAGUUCAACAAUAACUGUUACCGGGAUGCAAUUGUCACCAGCGUGGUGAACUGUCUGACGAGCUUUCUAUCAGGAUUUGUCAUUUUUACGGUGUUGGGCUACAUGGCGGAGAUGCGCAACGUUGAGGUGGAGGAUGUGGCAAAAGACAAAGGUUCUGGCCUCCUGUUUAUAACAUAUCCUGAAGCCAUUGCUAACAUGGAUGGAUCUCCCUUCUGGGCGAUUCUCUUCUUUCUCAUGGUGAUAACUCUGGGGUUGGACAGCACGUACGGAGGUCUGGAGUCGAUAAUCACAGCCGUAAUAGAUGAGUAUCCUCAUCUCUUCGCUAAAAGGAGAGAGCUGUUUGUUUUUGGACUGAUUAUUGUGUGCUUUUUGGGCUCUCUCAGCACUCUAACCAACGGAGGAGCCUAUGUGGUCAAAUUAAUGGAAGAUUUUGGAUCUGGAUCCUGUCUUAUUGCUGUGGUAUUAUUAGAAUCUAUAGCCGUGUCUUGGUUUUAUGGGGUCCAGCAAUUCUGCGACGACAUCAGGACAAUGUUGGGCUUCUCACCGGGGCUGUUUUGGAGGAUUUGUUGGGUGGGCAUUAGCCCCGCCUUUCUGGCUUUCAUUACAGUGAGCUCCAUUGUGUACCAGCCCCCUCUCAGUCUCUUUGGCUAUGAUUAUCCAGACUGGACCAUAACAGCAGGAUAUUUGAUCGGAGCUUCAUCCUUUAUGUGGAUCCCAAUAUACAUGGUGUAUAAACUGGUAUGGACACCAGGAUCUCUUAAACAGCGUCUGGCAAUCUGUUUUCGCCCAGAGAAACCAAUCAAAGACGAGAAGCCUGACUCCCUCUGCAUGAAUGCCAUCCCGUAAUUCCUUGUACACAUCAUAUUUCAAAACUAAACUUUAUUUAUUUGUAUGGAAUUUUAAAACAAAGUCCCAUUGCAGAAAUGUGUAG